AUGAGUAUAUUGGUUAAAGAAAGAAUCAAACUAUUGUCUUCAUCGCCCUCUCUCAAGAAACUGUCUAUUCGUCAUUGCCUUGAACCCAUUCCACCCAAUGUCAUCCCAUCGACUCUUGAAAAGUUAACAAUUUUUAAACUCAAGGACCAAGAUAUACUUUUGCAAAUCGUUGCAUUCCCGCCAUCGCUCACUCACCUAUCCGUCAGGGGAAGAUACCACCAGGAUAACCGAUAUACCACUACCCACCAAAUAUCUAUCGAUGACUUUGAACCACAAGCAUCAAGGUGCAAUCAAUCAGUGGCCAAACACCCUUCAUACUAUUCAAUCCGUUCAAUGAUCAACAAAACCACCAUCCUCAGUCAACAACAAUGGCUGCCUCACAACACCACUCACCUACACAUCCACCUUGAGGAUGACCAAGAAAGAGACGAUUAUCCAAAGGGAAUCUUUAGAUUGGACCAAGUAAUCAAUCACACCAAUGUUAGAUAUCUAUCAAUCACCCUGUCCCGUUUAAAUAUACAUUUAUCGAUUCAAAGAUUGGACGCAGAUAAUCUAAAUGUAUUAGUCGUGGAAACACAAACACUUCAAGGUGGAAUCAUCAAACAAAGAAAAUCAAAAUACCAACCCAUUCAACUAUAUUUAGAUGCUGAUUGUGAGGUGUUUAGUCCACAGAUAUAUGAAUUGAAAUGGUGUUUUUUAGAUGAUGAUGAAGAUGAUGAUUACAAUAGCAAUGAUAAUGAUGAUGAAGAUGAUGAUUACAAUAGCAAUGAUAAUGAUGAUUGGUAA